AUAUCACUGUUGGACGCCACUCUUCCAGUCGGGAUCACGAGACGCGGUCUUGUUGAACCUGUUCUUCAACACGGCAGAAACCAUGGCAACCAGCACAAACACACGAAAGCCCGUUGCCCUGGUAACGGGAGGCGGGAGCGGUAUCGGUCGUGCCACGGCGGUCAGGUUUGCUGAGCUCGGGUACAGCUGUGUGGUGGCUGAUAUCGACGAGCAGAGCGCCAAGGAGACACUGGGCAUGCUCCAAACUCCGGGCAUCGCCGUGCAGGUGGACGUUACCAUGGCGACAAGCGUGGAAGCCAUGGUAACCGCGGCGGUUCAGCGCUUCGGGCGGAUCGACUGCGCCUUUAACGGUGCCGGGACUGAGGGAUCGUACGCCAAAAUUGUGGAUUACCCAGAAGAGGAGUAUGACCGCGUUAUGGGCGUGAACGCCAAGGGCGUGUGGUUGUGUCUGAAAUACGAGAUCGCCCAGAUGCUGCAGCAGGAGCCCGUCGUGAGCGACCCGGCUAGAUGGGCCGACAAGCCGGACGUGUGCCGCUUCCGCGGGGUGCGGGGCAGCAUCGUCAGCGCCAGCAGCGUGAACGGUCUGAGGGGUGUUCAGUGCCUCAGCCCCUACUGCGCGUCAAAGUGGGCCAUUCUGGGGAUCACCGAGACAGCCGCAGUGGAGUACGCCAAGGACGGGAUACGUGUGAACGCCGUCUGUCCAGCGGGGACCGCUACUCCCAUGCUGGAUCGAUUCUGCGAAAUGUUGCCACUACACCUUCGCGGGCGAGAAGGUCCAAAGGGGUAUCCACUCGGUCGCGUAGCGGCGCCCGAGGAGAUUGCAGAGGCCGUGUGCUGGCUGUGCAGCGACGCCUGUCCGUUCACUACAGGAGAGCACCUGAAAAUUCUUGGGGGUCGGAUGUGAAGGCUGCUAUAAAGCUGAGUAACACAGGAAAAUCGCCUUUACAUCACGCCUUUAUAUGACACUGUAUGUGAAUCAAUAAAAGUUUACGUAACAUACGUUAGAUUUCAUUAUACUUCGUGAAAUUACUAUCAUA